CUGAAAAGAAAAUUUUUGAUAUUGAUAGUAAUUUCAUUUUGAAUGAAGUCAUAGAUGAAAGUGGAAAUUGUUUAAAUAUGGAACAAGGACCUUCAGCAGAACCUAAAUUUUAUGGCCUUAGUUGCUCUAUUCCACGAAACUAUAUAUGCCAGAAAUGGUCUGACGCGUGUGAUUUUAGAAAAAUACUUAAAAACAAUAGGUCGAAUGAUAUCGAAGAAACUUAUCAAACAGAUAUAAUUAAUUCAACGAUAUAUUAUCAAUCAACACCUAUAUUUGAAAAUACUUUUCAAGAAGACACAACUAGUUCAUGGAUGUUUCCUCAAUCAACGGUCAACCAUAAAACUACUACUCAAGAGGAAAUAACAGAUCCAACAGUAUUUUCUAAGUCGACGCCAUCAUUUGAUACAGUCGUACGAGAAGAAACGACUGGCUCAACUAUAUUUUCCUUUUCAACACCUCCAAUUGAAAAAUUUACGCAGGAAGAUAAAACUGUUCCAACAGAAUUCCUACCAUCAAAACCUACUUUUGUAACAGCUUCAUUAACAAGUUUAACUAAAUCUACUAUUUCUCCUGAGUCAACUUUGAAAUUGGAAACAACUCGUGUACCGUAUCCGACUGAUUCAACAGUUUAUUAUAGAACAACUACACAAGAUUUUAUAAAAAUGAUAGGUUCUACAUUUGAAUCAAAUUUAAGAAAUGAUACUUCCACAAUUUCUCAAACCGAAAAUUCACAUGUAACAUUACCUACAACAAAUUUAUAUAACAAAGAAUAUGAUCUUCUUUCAGAGAAUAAUAGUAAUAAAAAACUCAAUACAACUUUCGACGAAACAUCACAAUUAAUUCGCACUGACUCAAUAGUAAGUGAUAAAAACAAGCAAAACCAAACAUCUCAGACGAAAGUUGAGCUUCAAAAAAUAAUCGAUUCGAGCUUGGAUGAAAAAAUUAAAGUGGGAACUACACGUAUACCUCAAACAGUAACACUGUCGAGUCAAAAUUUUUAUACGAAAACUUUCACAUUGUUGACGACGAAAUCAAAGCCAAAUAGGAAAAUUGAUGAAACGGUUCAUAAAUCUAAAAAUUCUAAGCUUAAAAAAGUAAGAGACGGUAAGAGGAAAAGUAAAAAAAAAUUUAAAACGAACAAAUCCAUUAAUAAAUACAGUAAAAAUGAUGAAAAUAGUAAACCCAUAGCUAUCAAUGAUGUACUAAACCGACUCAAAGAAGAUAUUCGAAAACAUAAUUUAAAUUUUUCAUUAAGUCUACAAGAUAAACCUAAUUUAGGAAGUAAUAAAAAAAUUAUGAAACCAUGGAGUGCGAUUCUCAAUCGCGUUUUACAAACUUAUAAUCACACAGAAUAAUUUCAAAAAUCGACCCAAUUAUUUUAUUGCAUAAUUAUAUUUGUAGUAUGUAUACGCUUAAGUUUCUAUUAAAAUAUUUGAAUUCAAAGAAGUUUAUCUACAGUUUGCCAUUGCAGCAUUUUUACUAGUAAACUUCACAAAUAAUACUUUUGUUAUUUUUAUACCGUUUAUUUGUAUUGUAAAUUGUACAUUCUUACUCAUGUAAUCUAAGAAUAAUAAGAAUGUGUCACCUGAGAUUCACUUUUUAAAAUAACAUGCAAAUUUCAAAUUGGGCACGGCUCUUUUAGAGGUAUUCAAGCGAUUUUCCUUUGUUAUUCGAAAAAGCUUAGAGUUUGACAAAUUAAACUUAGUUUAUAUGACACUUUGAUGACUGCUGUCAGAUUUAAGUAUGUGAUUCGAAUUAUUUGUGCAUAGAUAAUGUGGCUAUCUUAUCCAAUUAUCUAACAGUACAAAUAUAGUCCACUAUGCCGUUCGAGUGUAGUGAAAUUUAAAUCGGUAUUAUAACUUGGCAAGUUAUUUAUUGUAUUAAGGAAUUCAUUUUAUUCUGUUUUACUCACUUGAACGCAUAUAAAUUAAGAUUGAAAUUCAGAAAAAUUUUGUAAUGGAUUUGCCACUUCAUUUUCAAAUCCUACAAUUUUGUGGAAUGUGGCACAAUCAUAAUAAUGAAUUGCCAGUUAUAAAGUAUACCUACAAAAUAGUAGUACUAUUUAUUAUUAUUCAAAUAACUAU